UUAGCAAAUUAAGAGCGACACUAUAAAUGCGCCAUUAAAUUCAUUGACCCUGCUCAUGCACUAAUUAUUUACAGUUCAUCGAUGCCGUUUGUCCUCCAUUCGAUACUAAUUCCGUGCGUUUCCAUUUCAGAUAUGGCGAACGGAAAAUUAUCCGUAGAGUAAAAAGGAGGUGUGCCGUGGAUGAGGCAAAUCAAGAGGGAAAGGAGGAUGAUAGUGAACGCGAUGGCCUCGUUCUCAGCGACACUAACGGCCCCGACGGCGAGCAUUCUGCCGGCUCUCGUCAUGCAGGAGCACGUUAAUGCCACGACGGCGGUCCUGCAGAACAGGACGAAUGCGACGACCAUCGAGAACCUUCACCCGGACUGGACGGAUCUGGUGAUUCUGAUCGUGAAGAGCUUCGUGUUCGGCACGAUAAUCCUGAGCGCUGUUUUAGGAAAUGCGCUGGUGAUUAUUAGCGUGCAAAGGCAUAGAAAGCUCAGGGUCAUUACUAAUUACUACGUGGUUAGUUUGGCGAUGGCUGAUAUGUUGGUAGCGCUGUGUGCGAUGACCUUCAACGCGAGUGUCGAACUCACAGGUCGCUGGGUCUUUGGGCCGUUGAUGUGCGAUGUUUGGAAUUCAUUAGACGUAUACUUCUCGACAGCAUCGAUCCUUCAUCUGUGCUGUAUAAGCGUGGACAGGUAUUACGCCAUAGUACGACCGCUCGAGUAUCCCAUCACUAUGACCCAAAGGACUGUAGGUUUCAUGCUGGCCAACGUGUGGAUCCUUCCGGCUCUGAUAAGCUUCAUGCCUAUAUUCUUAGGAUGGUACACAACCGCAGAGCACAAGACGUUUAAGCUGCAGAACCCGAACGUUUGCAGCUUUGUGGUAAAUCAAUACUACGCGCUCAUCAGCAGUAGCAUCAGUUUCUGGAUACCGGGUAUAGUCAUGGUGACCAUGUAUUGCCGCAUCUACAAAGAGGCCAUCCGACAGAGAAAGGCCCUUUCUAGGACUUCGAGCAACAUCAUCCUCAAUUCGAUCCAUCAGCACCGCACAUCGCAGUACACCCAACGUUUCGGUGACCACUAUCUGCAUCCCUCUGAUGGUGAGCUGACCACCAUCGGACAGAUAAACGGUGGCAAACGAAGCACCAGUUCCGGAUCUGCGGUUUCCUACGGCACCACCUGCACUACCACCGGAUACAACACCGCCCUAAACACGAGGGAUAACAGCAAGGCCGCAACCGAGCUGAACAUGAACGGUACGACGAUUAGGCAACAGUCGAAGAGCUGGAGGGCCGAGCACAAGGCGGCCAGGACUUUGGGGAUCAUCAUGGGUGCUUUCAUGUUGUGCUGGCUACCUUUUUUCCUCUGGUACGUGAUAUCAACGGUCUGCGGAGAGGAGAAAUGCCCGACCCCGGAACCAGUUGUAGGAAUGCUCUUCUGGAUCGGCUACUUCAACUCGGCCAUCAACCCAUUGAUCUACGCGUACUUCAACCGCGACUUCAGGGAGGCUUUCAAGGACACGCUGCUGUGCGCCCUGCCCUGCUGCUUCAGCUGCUGGAAGAACCCAGCAAGGUUUCUCUAGCAAAACGACGCGGACUACCCCCAAAUACCCAUGAGGCGCAGAUACGGCGACGAGGGUCUCUGAGCCACCACAGACCACCAACUAAACAAGAAAGCAAUACCACUGUACGUUAUAAAUAUUUCGCAGCAGAGGAACACCGAGAAGCGACCAACUGCGCACCAGGAAAACCCGAUGUUACAACGACCGUUUACAUAAUUUUAAACUAUUCCAAAUAAAAAGUAAAGAAAAAUAAUAUAAAAAUAACA